GCCAAACAAACAAACAAACCCCUUUUAAUAAUUCUUUCAUCUUCCUUAAAAACCCUCCCCACUUCACUCUCUCCUUCUACUCUUCACAUUCUUUUCCCUCUGUUUUCUCUCCAAAUUUACCAAUUUUUUCAAUCAACAUCAUUGGAUACCCAGAAAGUUUUUUCAACAAUUAAGGUCAAAAGAACAAAAGGGUCAAUUUUAAUUUUGUGUUUUUUUUGUGGGUUCAGAAUUUUAGAUUGCUUGUAAAAAUGGGGGACGAAGAAACCCUAGUAUUUGGGGAUUUUAGAGGUGGGAAAUUGAGGGGUGAAAUUGAUACUUCUGCGCCAUUUGAGUCUGUUAAAGAAGCUGUUUCUAAGUUUGGUGGAGUUGGAUACUGGAAGCCUUUUCACAAUUUACAUAAAUCCACUCAUUCUUUUCUGUCAUGUGAUGGGGAGGAAAUUGAUGUGGCUAAAGUGGAGGAGCAGGCAGCAGAAUUGGAGAAAGAGCUUAUCCUUAAAGAAAAGGAUACACUUGAGGUCCUAAAAGAACUCGAAGCAACAAAGAGAAUGGUUGAGGAUCUCAAAUCCAAGCUACAAAAAGAAGAAUCUGAAGCCCAAUUGACUGUUAUUGCUGAUGAGAAGCCGUCUGUUGUGGAAGAAGAAGAAGACGAGGUAGAGAAGGAGAAUAAUCCUAAUCUCUCAGUUCAGAAGCUUCCAGAAAUUUCAAGCCUUAUACCAUCGUCCACCCCGGGCUUUAUAUUGAUGGAACUCAAACAGGCAAAGUUAAACCUUACCAAGACAACUGGUGAUCUAGCCGAAAUUCGAGCAUCUGUGGAGUCAUAUAACAAGAAAAUAGAGAGAGAAAGGAUAUCCUUGGAGAAAACCCGUGAAAGACUGAGAUCAAAUACAUUGAAGGUUUCUUCUCUAGAGGAUGAGAUCAAUGAGAAAAAGUCAAAGCUGGAAGAAACUAAGGAAGCUAGCAGCGGUAGUAAGGACAUAACAGAAGAACUUGAGCGGUUGAGCAAUGAGGCAGAAGAUUUCAAGAAAAAGGGAGAGGCUGCUAAGUCUGAAGUCAUGAGGGUUAUGUCAGAGAUUGAACAAACAAAGGCUAAGACAAAGACGGCUGAGAUCAGAUUGGUUGCAGCUAGAAAAAUGAAGGAAGCAGCAAAGGCUGCAGAAGCUGUUGCUCUUGCAGAGAUCAAAGCUUUAGAGAAGAGCGAGAAUUCCCCACUCGAAGAAAGAAUAACCCUUAGUCUUGAAGAAUACUCUUCCUUGAAAAGAAAAGCUCAAGAUGCCGAGGAAAGUGGCAAUGUGAAAGUACUUGAGGCAGUGCUUCAAGUUGACGAAGCAAAUAUAUCGAAAAUGAAUAUAAUGAUGAGGGUAGAAGAAGCCAUGGAUGAAGUUGAAACUUCAAAGCAGGCAUUGGAAGAAGCUUUAAACAGAGUUGAGGCUGCCAAUAGGGCUAAACUUGGUGUGGAGGAAGCUCUUCGGAAGUGGAGAUCUGAGCAUGGAGAGAGAAGACGUUCUAUACAUAAUUCAACCAAAUUUAAGAAUCCUUGUCCUUCUAAUCGAAGGAGAGAUUCUUGGGUGCUUGAUGUCAAUGGUGUUAGUCUAGUAAGUGAUUCCAAAGCCCCGGUACUAAAGUCCACCUUGUCAAUUGGGCAAAUACUUAGCCAGAAGCUGCUCAUUACUGAAGAGUUUGAGUCAGGGAAAAACAAUGUUAAACGAAAGAUUUCGUUGGGUCAGAUGCUUGGGAAACAAAAUGCUGUCAUAUCCUCCGCUUGGAAGGUGGACAGUGAUUGUGGAGGUCCUCAAAAGCAGCUGCCUGCAAAAAGAAAGAAGCUCGGUUUUGGUCGAUUCUCAGUCUUUUUGCCCAAGCAAAGCAAGAAAAAGAAGAAGCCAACUUCCGCUGCAAGGUAACUAAAAGAACCCUUUUGGAAUUCGGCUUCCUUGUAUGGUAUGAGCUGACUGUAAUGUUAUAGUCUAUCGAAUUAAUACAUUCUGUUUCUUGUACUGUAAAUCUAAUUGUCUGGAUUUUAAUGACCAUGUCUUGGUUCGGCCUAGCUGCUAAGCAUGCAUUCUUAUGUUUAAUGUAUGUUUCUGCCUUGGAAAUUUGCUACUGUUAGUAGGUAUUACUAUCUUGUAAAGUUGUACUGGUUUACGCUGAAUUUCUUGCUUGAUGAUCAAUCUAGCAACGGAGUAGUACGAAUGCUCGAUAAAGGAGAAUGAUUGUAGUAGAAUGAUUAGGGUGAUUACUAGGUUACAAGAAAGGAGCAUGCUGAAAUAUAGCCGUUGGAUUGUUUUUUCUA